CGGACGGAACCGGUUCGUCUUGUCGCGCGCUUCACUAAUACUGCUCUUCCUGUCGCGUGCGGAUUUUCAGCACACCCCAGAAUCACCAUGGCGUCUCUAUCAAUGUCCCCCAUGAACAUCUUCAGACACGGAGCUGACGAGGAGAAGGCCGAGACCGCUCGACUGUCUUCAUUCAUUGGUGCCAUUGCUAUUGGAGAUCUGGUGAAGAGCACUCUGGGUCCUAAAGGAAUGGACAAAAUCUUAUUGGGCAGAGGUGACGUCACAGUGACCAAUGACGGAGCAACCAUCCUGAAAGCCAUCGGUGUUGAUAACCCUGCGGCUAAAGUGCUCGUGGACAUGUCUAAAGUUCAGGACGAUGAGGUGGGUGAUGGGACGACGUCGGUUACAGUGCUGGCCGCUGAGCUGCUGCGGGAAGCCGAGCUCCUGAUCGCCAAGAAGAUUCAUCCUCAGAUCAUCAUCGCCGGAUGGAGGAAGGCCACUCAAGCCGCCCGUGACGCCCUCAGAGAGGCAGCGGUGGAUCAUGGGAACGAUGAUGCUAAAUUCCAGGUGGAUCUGAUGAACAUCGCCCGCACAACUCUCUCAUCCAAGCUGGUCACUCAUCAUAAAGAUCACUUCGCUAAUCUGGCCGUAGAAGCCGUGCUCCGACUCCGAGGCUCCGGCAAUCUGGAGGCCAUUCACGUCAUCAAGAAACUCGGAGGCAGUUUGACCGACUCGUACCUGGACGAAGGAUUUCUGUUGGACAAGAAGAUCGGCGUCAAUCAACCCAAGAGGAUCGAGAACGCUAAAAUCCUCAUCGCCAACACCGGGAUGGACACGGACAAGAUCAAGAUCUUCGGCUCCAGGGUGCGCGUGGACUCCACGGCAAAGGUGGCCGAGAUCGAGAUGGCCGAGAAAGAGAAGAUGAAGGAGAAGGUGGAGAGGAUCCUCAAACACGGCAUCAACUGCUUCAUCAACAGACAGUUGAUCUAUAACUAUCCCGAGCAGCUGUUCGGCGCCGCCGGUGUCAUGGCCAUCGAACACGCUGACUUUGUGGGAGUGGAGCGUCUGGCUCUGGUCACAGGGAUGGGUGAUAUGGCCCUAAAACGCUAUCAAGAUAAUUCCUGA